AUGAUUGACGAAAUUAUUGUAUACUGCCUGGAGGAAAUUGCAAUGGAAGGAGGCUGUGAGAUCGAUUAUUUAUGGGUAUUUGUACAAGAUUUUCUUAAUAAACGGUGUAAUGAAUUGGUGGCAUUUGAUGAACCAGAGAUAAUAAAACCGACGAUUGAUGAUGCAUAUAAAGAAUUCUUUUGGACACAAUUCUCAACUAGUGAACAAUUGUUAUUUUGUAUCCAAAAAAAAGUUACGUUGGAACAAAAUCUAGAGACUCCGAAAAAGGGAAAAAAGAAUGCGACUUCAGCAUCUAAACCAACUGAAGAACAAUAUCAGACUGUUAAAAUUGACAAUAGCAUGUCUCUUCAAAGAAUUAAAACAAUAUAUGGUGAUGGAUUUCGUAUAAUGACGACAGAGAAAUUCCAAAAAGAAAUACUUUUUGCAACAGUUGACACUUCUCGCUCACUUUCCAAUCAAGUUUGGAAGACACUGCAGUACAUAGCAAGGCAUCGUUCUAUGGGUGCUACGCAAGUAGAUAUGGCGAGACACUUUAAUAUCGAACCCAAGUCUUUCUCACAUUAUUUAAAAACCCUUUGUAACUUAAAAUUAAUAGUAAAAUUAAAGGUUACUCAGAAUGGGAUACAGACAAAUUUGUGCAUCUUGUCUAGAUGCGCUGCUCAAAAUAAAGCGUAUGUCGGAAAAUCUGUAUAUAUACCCACAGCAUCCAACUUACAAUCUGAAGAUCCUGACUUUACGGAUGCAAUCGGUGGUGACGUUUCCUUCAAUUCUGAAUUGGUGAAGAUCAGAUUGACCGAGAUUCUUAGUAAAGCUAAGAAUCAGAUCAUGUCCGCAAACGAUAUAAGGAUGGCUUUAUUUGCGAUAUCGAAUCCAACAAAGAAUCAACGACGCUGGUUUAAUAACAGGAUUGAUGAUUUAACGCAACAUGGAUACGUCGAGAAAGUGAACGUUCCAAAAAAAUCCAUGGAUGGACGAAUGGAACGAUGUUUCAGGCUUGUUAAGAUGUAUAUGAAAGGCAGUAACAACAAUAAUGACAAACGUAGGAAUAAAUCCUCCAUUGUAAAUACACCAGAAUCCGUGACAUCUGCAGAAUCUAAUGAAAAGCCACUACAAUCUGGUAUUUUUGUCGACUUGCCUCUAGAUUAUCAAGUGUAUCGUUUAAUCCAAAUGUCUGGUGAACGAGGAUUAACUGCUGGGGAUCUUCAAUGUCUGCUUCGUAAUAUAAACGAUCGUGUCCUAAACAAGUCUUUAACGGGGCUUAUCAUUGAUUUGCCUCCUGGAUUAAAGCGGUUUAUUAUUAAACGUGCUGUUGAGUGUAAAGGACGAGAGCGACACUAUCGUUAUUUUUCGAGCGAAAGUUACAUGAAAUUUGCCGCAUCACAUGGUUUAAAUUUAGAGGACAUAAAUCAGGAUAAUCCUGAUGAUGAUCAAAAGUCAGAGUAUACACAUGACCCUCUAUGGGGAAUCGAACUAUUACAAGAUGGUGAAGAAAAAAACGACGAUUUCUUAGCUAGUUUGAGUACUAGAGAAAGACGUAGAAGAAAGAAAAAUCGAGAAAGAGGAAUAAUUGAACCACCUAAAUUGAUUGCAACCGUACGAAAGAAAAGAGGACGACCGAGAAAGUAUGGUUCUGAUGGAGAAUUAAUUUCCAAAAACGAGGCUCAAAAAGGUGUUAACGAAAAGCAAAUAGUAAACGAGACUUCUCAUGAUACAAAGAAGCGCGGUCGUCCACGAAUGACUAAAAAUAGACCUGGAAAGAAGGUAAAGGUCGAAGAAGCUGAGCCAUUGGAUGACAAGUCAAAUUUAGCACAAGAACAAUUAUCCACUCUGAUUACUGAGGAAACGUCUGAAGACGUCGAACCAACAUGUAACCAAAGGGUACCUAACCUUAUAAUUCCUGUAUCUGACGUUGAAGGUAACAUAGAUAUCGGUGACCCUAUUCCAGGCGAAGAGUCUUCAAGAAAUGUUGUAUUACAGUCUAAAGGGAAUAGUAUCAAAGUAUGGAUCGAUGAUCCCAACAUUUCAGAUAUUUAUGGCUCGAUUCUAGAUUUAAACUCCUCUAAUCAGGAGGUUACUUUGGAUGAUGAAGUUGACAUGAUGGAAAUUGAUGUCAAUUCAGUAAUUCAAAAUGAAAAUUUACAAAAAUUUAACAAUUUAUCCAUCAAACAACAAAAUAUUAAUUCGGGUGCUAUAGGAUCUGUCUGUGUGUAUAAUCAAGAAUCACAUAUUGAAAAUUUAGUCCGACAGUUACAAUAUGGUGAAUCAAGAUCUGACAAUAAUGCUUUCGAGACAAAUUUGGAAUCACCUACCGGCUCUGUCUCAACAAGGGUUAUUGAAAGUUCAUAUGAAAAAACCUUACAGAAUGUUAAGAAAAUACCUAAACCUAAAAAAAGAGUCACCCCUGUAGUUUCUAUCACUGCAUCAUUUCGAGAAAAGAUUAUAGAAAAGCUCUUGGAGGAAUAUAAAGUACUAGAAUGUGGUGCAAUGCUUAUUGGUGUGUAUCAAGAUAAGGUUCGAGAAUAUUAUAAUGGUACGACUCCACAUACAAUUGAUAAGAAGACUUUAGCUCGCACUGGAAACGCGAUGGAAAGGAAAGGACUUUUAAGACAAUACAAUGUGGUAUUGCCAUCUUUGAACGGUAAAGAUCAAGUUAAACUUUUAUUCCUUCAUCCUGAUUUGGAACCCGGUGAUCCCAAGGUGAAGGAAUAUGUCACUAAAUUACAAGACAAAGCUUUACUUGUUGGUAGAUCUUAUAGGGCCACUAAAAUUGAGGAGAUAGAUAUUGAAGUAGAGCCGCUUUCGGAGCUACAGAAACGUAUGGCUGCUGAGGCAGCUGCUAAUAAUUCUGUAAAUCCUCUAAGCACUUCACUUACUUCAAUUCCACAACAAACCAUCUAUGAUAAGCUUAUGUCCUCAAUGCCAACAAUGGAAUCGGUUAAUUCAAAUGUUGAAAAUCAGCCUAAUAUCAAUGAGAAAUUACCUAACGACAUGUGUUGGUUACAUUGCGCUCGUGGGUAUGGCUGGAUUAAUGCUAAGAUGAUUCGAGCAAAAAUCUUGCAUCAAUAUUUUUUCAACAAAAUCAAUGACGCAAGCCCAGAUGAUCCUUGUAUUAUGAAAGAAAGUAGAAUUUUCCAGACAGCAAUUCUUCUCAGAGAUCUUCCCCUUGAUUUAUAUCUUAAGCUUGUUGGACAAUUUUCACCGAGUACCAAAUUGUCUGAAUAUAUAAAAUCAGGAGAAAGUAUGUUGCGUAGCGUCAUUAAUCUCCCAUGUGACCUUAGGUUGGAAAUUUUUACCGGAAAUUAUAAAUUCCGACAGAACCUUAAAAGGUUGAUUGACAUUCUCGUGGCACUAAAGUUAAUUAAAAAACUUAAACGUACAUUUGAUGAAAGAGGAAAUCCAAUUUUAAAUCUUAAAAGGGCCUUUAUUCCGGAUGACGUAGUUGAAGUUGAUUCAACAAGAACAUCGGUAUACGAUAGUCAACCACAAAAUCUUUUAGCGCCUGCAUAUCAACUUAUGCGUGAUGUUCCAAUGAUGGACUUUUCCGUUCCCGGACCGGAUAGACCUAUUAUUAGAGAGUAUAUGCUUGAUACUAUCGAGGAUGUUUCGGUUUAUUGGAGUGAGUUACAAUACGUAGCUCAGAAAAAAUUUUCCGAAUCAACGUAUAAGAGUGAAGAAGAAAAUGUUAAUUCGGAUUCGGAUCAAGUGGAUAGUGAGGAAGAGAAUAUGCCUGUGCGCGGAAAGAAAAGAGCCUCUAAUGGUAACGAUGAUCCUUUACGAUUCAUAACUAUCGCACGUAAUUGGAAUUCUGGUUUUCCACUUAAUGGCAAGCAAAAAAAGCAGCUUGAGCUCUAUGUUGAUCGAAGAAAAUCACAGACUCCUUACGAAGAUGAGAAUAAAUGUCGACAGAUUGCUCAAGAGAUUGGUCUUCCGUUUCAAAAAGUUCGUGUAUACUUUAAGAGAAUUGAAGAUAGUUUUGAAGUAAAAAGCAAAGAGGUUAACGUAGCUAAGCAGAAGGAAAGACGUCGCAAAGUUGCCGAAAGAUCGAAAAAUUUUGCGGGGGUCGUUUCUUCUGCCAAGGGAGAACCUUCUUUCAAGAGAAAGAAAAAAGAAAAUAUGGUUCACAAAGUGUUAAGGAAAACACAGAAUGAAUCUGAAGGGAGUCUCGGUAAUAAUUCUGGACGUAAAAGUAAUCGUGUAAAGUUCAAGCAAAAGGAAAUGGAAAAAAUUCAUGGUAUUGCUGAAGAGGAGAACCUGCCAGUUAUCAAUGAUGAAGAGAGGUUUGAGACUCAAUAUGAGCAAUACUCCCAGCGACAACGUCCAAUCUGGAGUAAAGAAGAAGAUGAAUUGCUUUUCUACUCUUAUAUUAUUAUCAAACAUCGUUCAACCAAAUUUAGGUUCUUUUGGAGUCCUGUUACCAAAGUUUUACCACACAAAUCCAGAGAGAUGUGCCGGCGUAGAUUUAAUGUAUUGACGAAAAAUUCAGCUUUCCAAGCUCGAGUUUCUAAUUACUUGUCGUUUUGGAAAGAUAUUUAUACUGAUGCGAUAAAGAAAGGCGACUUAAAGGAGGAGGAAGAAAAACAAAUGAAAGAUUUUGAUAUACUUGGGCAAAUGGAAUACUUUAAGAGGACUGUGGAAGAAAAGCCAAACGUUACACGUCCCAGGCCUAUAAUUCCUCUUCCUCAAGAUGUUAUAACAUUACAAAAGCACUUUUUUGUAACUUAUGCCUCACCAAAUAAACAUAAUCGGGACUUAUACUUUGAAGAUAAACUUGGUGGAUGUUCAUUAAGACAAAAGAUGAAAAAAUUGUAUGCGUAUUCUCUUACACACAGGAUUCCAUAUAAUAAUGUCGAUUAUGCGGUAAUGGAGCUUAACAAUGAAAAACAUAUUAAACUUGAAUGUAUUCAAGCAUUGAUCAAGAUGAUUCUCAUGACACCAGAAGAUCAGUAUGAUCCUACACAUGCGUUUUCGAUCCUAAAUCGUUAUGAACCUUAUGUCAAAGAGGCAAUUGAUUUAGUUAAAGAGACAGGUGCUAUAGUUAAAGUUAAAGGAGGGAAUGAUAGAAGAAUCCCCGGAAGGGGAUUUCACGUUUCUGACAAAUUCCUAUCGGUUAUUUCAGGGAAAUUGCCAGAUAGAAUGUUUUCACAAGCUGUUAAUUUUUACAAGAAAUUUAAAGAGGCCACGAUAUUUGAUCAAUUUGCAAAUAGUGGAGAUAUGGCUUGUAUUUUGGAUUUAUUAUCUGCUGGAAUGGUUGCAUUAUCAUUUGCCAAUCCAGAUGCAACCAUUCUUACAAAGAAUAUAGUGCCAAGCCAUCGUAGUAGAAAAAUUGACGUCGUAAAUCUUAACUUUGACAUUUUGUUGACGCCGGAGAUUAACAACUCGAAUAUAUACAGUGAGUCAAGCAAUGAUGAAUCUGACAAAAAUAAUGAGUCAUCUUAUGGCAUUCGUGGUCAAAAAAGAAAACGCGAAGAUAAUACGACACGAGAAGAAAGCAUCUCGACUUUCAAAAAAGGACGCUUUGACAAAAAGCCUUAUAUAAACACGCGAAAAGAAGCUUCUAAAGCACUUAAAAAGCUGUUGGAAGAUUUAGAUCAAGAAUUUAAAGGUGACGUAAAAGAUGUUUAUUAUAUAAUUGAGAAUCGUGGGAAAGUUGGUAUACCCCUUGUUUCAUUGAAGAAGUUACUGCGUUGUGUUAAUAUACUGGAAUUUAAUGUUCCAAGUUUAAUAAUGAAAGUUGGUUAUAGUAAUAGUCGAUAUAUCUCAGGCAUUUACUUGAAAGAUUGGUUGGUAAAUACGACGCCUACCGUCAAGAGGCCGCCUACAAUAGAUGAUGUUUUCAUGGAAGAGAAUCCUUCUAAUUACAAAGUAUGGUCAUCAGUUGAAUCAUUUGGGCCACCAAGAAUGUGGUAUGAUAUCAAUGGGAACUUUAUUGAAUCUGUGUUCCGAGGGUGUCUUGAAGCCGUAUUGGGAUUAAUUUUGCAAAAGCCUGGAAUAUGUGAGGCUAACAUUUAUCGAAAACUCUCAUUGGUUAUGUCACGAUGUGAAGUUCAAGAUGUUUUGGAAGAAUUGUUGGAUCGUAAAGGUAUCAGAAAAAAAUCAUAUAUUCAACCUUCCAAAGUUACAUUGUUUUCAAAACCAGCCGAAUUUAAGGAAUGUGACAUCAAUUCUCUUGAUUCCAAUAAGAUCACUUAUUAUUGGACAAAUCAAAACUAUUACUUAAAAUGCGUUCCUGAAAUCAUUAAUUAA